GCGACCGCCUCAACGGCGAGCUGGACAAGCUCACGUCCCUGCUGCCCUUCAGCGACGAGGUCCGGGCCCGACUGGACAAGCUGUCGGUGCUGCGCCUGAGCGUGGGCUACCUGAAGGUCAAGAGCUUCUUUAACGAUGACAUUAAUGGAGGAACUGGUUGGAGAGUUAAAGAGAUUCUUAAAGAAGAAGGGACAGAGUUCUUGCUUUUUGGAAGAAGCUAAGUACUUAUUUUCUGCUAUAUUAGGCAAACUCUACAUUGACUGUCUCACAGAUGAAAUUGUAUUCAUAAUGAACACCACUGACCGAACUCGCCUUGUUCAUUUGGUCUACUCGUCUCUAAAAUGCUCCCCAUGAGUCUGAAAUUGAAUGUCAAUAAAGUUGCAGACACUCUGCUGUCACUGAGUCAGGUUUUAUGAACCCUACAAGCCUCAGCGGCGCAUUUCCUCCUGGCGUCCCUCUUAUCUCAGUAGUUUAGAUAGUUGUAAAGAACAGGAUGUUCAGCAUGUUAGGAAAUCGCCCCCGGGCUGCAAUAGUUGCGUAAUUUCCAUCUGAAAUCCCGCACAAGUAAACUGCAGUUGUUGCUUAAUGAGAGCAAAUUUAGAAGAACUCGAACAUUGACCUGUUCGGAUUAGAAUAUUUUGGAAAAACAGCGAAUGGGAAAAAAAGGGAAUGAUGUGAAAUUUGUUUUUCACGUCACAUCUCCCGUAAAGUUCUAAAAAACUGGACGAAUCAAAGUAAAAGUUGAUAUACGUCUGGUGAAAACGUGGCGUCAGUAGAAUCUGGAACCGGGUUUCUAGAAAACACAAGAACACGAUGUCGGACAACCCGAACAACCUGAUUUUAUUUGUUUACACUCUCUACACAUUCACUAAUGACACGUUUUUUGUUUUUCUCUUUCAUGUCUGGUGACCCCCUUCACACCUGCAGCUACCAUGAAGGCCGGUCAAAGCAGCUCCAGCUGGGCCAGUGGGCGGAGCCUAGCCUUUGGCGGGACCAGCCAGCCCCCUCCCUCCACCCCCUCUGCCCCCACGGCGGUCUCCAUCGACGGCGUCAGCUUCUCCGAGGGCGACCUGCUGCUCCAGGCUCUCAACGGCUUUGUGCUGGUGGUGACCGCCGAGGGCUACAUAUUCUACACAUCUCCAACCAUCCUGGACUUCCUGGGCUUCCAUCAGUCGGACGUGGUGCAUCAGAGCGUGUUCGAGCUGAUCCACACAGAAGACCGAGCGCUCUUCAGGCGGCAGCUGCACUUCUCCCUCAACCCCAACCCGGAGGGCUCCAGCAGUCCCAGUGGGCAGAGCAGCGCCGAGAUCAGCACCAACAUCAUGGCUUACGACCCGCACGCCAUCCCUCCUGAAAACUCGUCUUUCCUGGAGAGAAACUUCUGCUGCCGGUUCCGCUGCCUCCUCGACAACUCCUCCGGCUUCCUGGCCUUGAACUUCAACGGCCGCCUGAAGUUUCUUCACGGCCAGAACCGGGUGUCCGAGGACGGGAAGCUGGUUCCUCCACAGCUGGCCUUGUUCGCCAUCGCUACUCCGCUGCAGCAGCCGUCCAUCCUGGAGAUCCGCACCAAGACCCUCAUCUUCCAGACCAAACACAAGCUGGACUUCACCCCGCUGGGCAUCGACGGCAGAGGGAAGGUGGUUCUGGGCUACAACGAGCUGGAGAUCUGCAUGAAGGGAUCCGGCUACAACUUCAUCCACGCCGCCGACAUGAUGCACUGCGCCGACAACCACCUGAAAAUGAUGAAAACCGGAGAGACCGGCUUCACUUUCUUCCGGCUGCUGACCAAAAUGGGGAAGUGGGUGUGGGUCCAGUCCAACGCCCGCUUGGUGUUCAAAGGAGGCAAACCCGACUUCAUCGUGGCGCGGCAGAGAGCUCUGACAAACGAGGAGGGGGAGGAGCAGCUCCGCCUCAGGCGCCUCCACCUGCCCUUCAACUUCGCUACCGGGGAGGCGGUGCUGUACGACACCAUGCCGAGCGUGGAGGUCCCCAACCCCUGCUCCCCCGCCAAGAAGAUGAAGGUGGACAGCGACUCGGUCAGCCCCCACUCCCUGCUGGGCUGCCUGCUGAGUCAGGACCAGGCGGUCUACAGCGACCAGAACACCAUCACCUCGCUGAGCGACCUGGCCUUCCAGGACUCGCACGCCACCUGCACCAUCCCCAGAGACGCCAGCGCCCAGCCGGCCGCCAGCAGCCCGCUGAUGACGGACUCCACCACCCAGGACAUCCUGGAGACGCUGCAGCAGAUCCUGGGGGAGGCGGAGCUUAUGCAGGAGGUGGAGGUGGGGCCGGAGGAGCUGAAGAGCUGGGAGAGCACGCUGCUGAACUUCACCUCCUCCGAGUUCAGCGACGACCUCAACGAGGUCCUCCGCAGCGACGUGCUGUCCUACAUCGAGGAGCAGCUGCAGAAGGAGGGCGGGGACGCCAACGGCGAGCUGCAGAACCAAAACCCCGGUCAGGAGCCGCAGGACUUCAGCUGGACCUACAAUCAAAUGACUUUCAAAGGGGAGGUGCUGAUGGAGGGACACCCGGCCGCAGGCCGAGGAGGCGUGAAGCUGAGCCACAUGGACUCCCCUCUGAUACCCCCCUCUGUGUUUAACAGCCUUCAGAACACAAGCUCCGCCCCCCUUCAGUGUGGAGGCGGCGCCCCAGUGACCUUUAACCCCUCCCAGACAGACUUGUACCACCAAGCUGACGCCCCCAACCCCAAACAGUUCCCGCAAGAACUGCCUUCAUUCUGUCCGUUUCCACAGGAGGGCUUUCCCGUCCAGAACCAGAACUUGGUGGGACAGUUGCGCCCUGCGCUCGGUUGUCACGGCGACCUGUGGAGCUCCGCGCCGGGGGUAAACAUUUCAAACCAGCCCGUUUUCCCCGCAGACCCGUCGUCCUGCAUGCAGAGCAGCUCGGUCGCACGCAGCCAGAACAGUCAGAACCACAGGCAGUCGUGGCUGCAGGGGGCGGGGCCACAGCUGGCCGCCUCCCCCACCCACAUGAACCCAGCGGACAUGAGGUUCAGGACUCCAGAGACUCUCGUUCAGCAGGGCCGGAUGAUGGUGAGCGAAGCCCGGCCCAACAAGGCGUCGGCCAGCCCCGCCCCCUCUAAGCCCUCCUGCCUGUACCAACCUCGUCCCGGAGGGGGGUCGGUGCCGCCGCCGAUGGUCAUGCAGAACCCCCAUGAGGCGGUGCUGCCCUGCCAGAUGGUGGCCAGUCAUACCGUGAACGGCCUGAUGGAGGCGCCACAGAAGCUGUUGAGCUUCACUGAACACAACCAGGUCUCCAACUGUCCGGUUUUCAGUAACGGGGGUUUUCCCUUCUCCCUGCUGCCCAACAGGAACACCUGCUUCACCGAGAACAAGUAGGAAGUUCUGCUGAGUCAUGCUCAGCUCAGACUGAUACAAAGGAAACCAACGACUGUGAGCGGAAGUGGAGCGGACGGACGGACACACUUGGGACAUGCUCAAACGGACCUACAAGGACAAGUUUCACCAAAAGCGCUUUUUUCUGGAAUUUUAUCAGAGCGGAACAGGCACAAAGCCAGAAGACUUCCUCUGGAUGCUUGCUUUUUAGCACUUUUUACGCUUUUUUUUUCAUUUUGACCCAAAAAAAGAAGCCUUUUUACGUGAUUGUAGAGAAACAGUUGUAACCAAAAACCCCCGUUAUGAAUUAUUGGAAGAUAACCAAAAAGUCAAAAAAACAAAAAAGUUGUCAAUGUACCGUUAAUGAAAAUACACGAUAAACGAGGGAAUUACAUUAGCAUCUUUACAUUUUUCUCAAAUGUUGUUUAUUGAAAACCAUCAAUAAUGUAACAAAACAAAAAAAUGAUUUGACUUAACAAAACUAACCCCGUUAGCUGAAAAAUAGUGAUCUGUGGCUUUAUUACUGCCCCCUGAUGAAGGAAGGAACCAAAAUAUUGAAAAUAAAAUUAAAAGAGCACAAUAAUUGAGUUGUUAGUUCUUAAUUUUAAAAUAUAUGUAGAAAUCUGCAAUUCAAAAUCUGACCACCGGUGGCACCAAAGAGGGCUCUAUUGUUUAAAAUACUUUUUUUGGACCAUGUUUAACCAUUAGGCAGCAGCAGGGAACUCGAUCUACCACAAGCUAGGCUCUCUUUAAGCAGCAGAAAAGAAUAAUAUUUAUAUUUAUAAAUAUAUGUUUAUCUAAACAUAUAUUUGGGAAAGUAUAAAAAUAUGCUAAUAAAAUAAAACGGCAACCUGACGAAAUGAAUCUCCAAUGACAAAAACAUGUUGCUAAAUACUUUUUUAAAUAAUUGAGGACCACCACCUGGUGGUUAUUGGUGGUACUUCAUGUAAAGCACCUUUGAGUUUGUUCACACAUAGGCUAACUGCUUCCAUAGAGACCCAAUUUUAUUGUUUCUUUAUUUAAAAAAAAUGGAAAAAUUCUAAUUAAGUUAACUGCAAUUCACAAUCUGACCACCAGUGGCACCAAAAUUUAAAAAAAACUUUUUUCGGGGUCACAUUUAACCAUUAGGAGGCACAGACUAGCCUCGGGGUUUCUCCUUAGUUACAAUAUUUAAAAAAAAAUGCAAGAGAUUUUUAAAACAAAUUUUAUCCCAAUAUAUACAUUUUUUGGUAAAGUAUAAAAAGAUGUUUUAUAAAAAGCACAAACCCGACAAAAAAAAAAAAACUCUAACAAAUGUUGUUUAAAAUGACUUAAAAACAAAAAAACUAAACAACACCACCACCUAGUGGCCUUUGGUGGUAUUCCAUGCAUAGCACUUUCAAUUGUUUUUUUUUCGCAUGUAGGCUAACUGCAUCCAUACAUAAACCACAGAUUCGGGCUAGCCGUCUUCAGCUGACAAAAUAAAAAGAAUAAAGACAAGAACUCGGACGCCGCCGAACGCUCACUUCUGCUCUCUCCUACGUUUAGAACGAUAUCGAAGGAUUCAAUAUUUCAAUAGUUGUUAUUACUGUUGUUCAUUUCAAUACUUUGCUGUCUCAGACGGGGAGAUUUUGCUUUUGCAGGGUAUAAAAAACAAAACAAAAAAGAAAAAAAACAUUCGAACCUUGAAACGCACAAAAAAAGGCAGAAUUGUCCUCUUUCCGAUACGCUGCUUCUGUGUACUUUUGACAAAUAUUCUGCGUGAGCUGCUUUCAUUUCUUGAUGUUUUUACUGUGAUUCCUGUUAUUAAUAUUGUGGGCAAACAGACAGCGCCUUGAACUUUUUAAAAGAAAAGUUUGAAUGUCUUUUAGCCAAACUUGCCAAAGCACUUAUUUGGAUACCAAAUAAUUGAUUUUUUUAAGAGAAAAAAACACUUGUAGCAAAGUAAAGCCACUUAUUUAUGUUGGAGAGAUAUAUAUUUGAUGAUUUGAUGACAUUUUUCCUCAAAUAGUACUUCUAUCCCCUCUCUGCCACAAAGACGCACAGACAUAAAAUGGUUUGAGGCAGCUAUUGUGUAUGCAAAAAGAAAACAAUAUUGUAAAUACCUUAUAAUCAGCUGGUAGUUGCCUGUAAAAUCUAAACGUUUUUUCUUCACGGUGAAAAAUGUGUUGCAGGUUUUCAAGAUGUAAUACUUGACUUUAAAAAGCUAAGAAAAAUGUUCACCAAAGCCAUUUUGCUUUCCAAGGAUACCAAAGGGAUGACCAUUUUCUUUCUUUGUUUUUUUUCUUUUCAAUCGUUACCCAACACAUGCCUUAGUCACAGGUGCCCUUACAGGUAGAUACUGGAUGUAUACAUCUUAAACGUGGGACGCUAGUGAACCACCCAAAAAUAUUAAGGUAGUUCAAUAGACCUGUAGGACGAAAAUGUUCUACGGGUAUGCUACUGUGAUAGGUCAUAGCGAACACUUAUACAACAUGUAACAGGAAAGUAAGUAGGUAAGACGCUAAACCACCAAAGUCCUGCGCAAGGAGCCGGUUUGUGCUCUUCACGAUAAGUGCACAAUCGAUGCCUUCCACGUGUCCUGUUAAAAGUUAGGAAGAUAGACAAUCAGAGUGUAGUUUGUGUGAGGAUCCUACCUAUUCAUGCGACAGUUCCUCGAGGUCAGUGAGGACGACUAGAGUGUGGUGUAAGGACAUCAAACAACAGCAUCACCAAUACGUUACAAGUACGCGCAACUUCCAUUAGCCUUACGACACACUUCACAAUAUACCACACACAACAAUUGUGUGUGAUACACUUUCAUGGCAUCCUUUGACGUGGUCUUACGACUCGUGAGGGAACUGCAAGACACGUGUAGCCGCUCUCGUCUACGACCCUCCAUGGGUGCGGACAAUCUGAAAACCAGGAGCACCCAUGCAGGUCAAGCAUUCGUCUGGCAAUUGUUUGGGGUCAGUAAGAAGCUAGCACCCUUCCAUCGACUAGAGUGCGUUGAAAGGACAUCAUACAACAGUAGCACUUGUAUGUCACAGGUUCUUGGAACUUAAUUGGGCUUACGAUACACUUACCACACAUACAACAAUCGUCUGUUCCAUCUUCAUGACGUCCCUUGACGUGGUCAUACAACUCUUAAGGGAACUGCAAGACACAUUUGUGCUCCCCGUAAGAUGUGGCCCCUCUUUUCUACCACCCUUGACGGGCCCAGACAGCAGUACCCGUACAAGUCAAUAGCUCGUCAGGCAAUUGUUUGCGGUCAGUAAGAAGCUAGUGCGUGAAACUUACCUUUGACUUGAGUAGGGCGAAAGGACAUCGUACAACACUAUUACUCGUACAUCAUAAGUCCGUGCAACUUCAAUUUGCCUUACCAUACACUUCACAAUACACUUACUACACAUACAACAAUCGUUUGUUUCAUUUUCAUGACAUCCUUUUGUGGUAGUCAUUGGACCCUUAUGGGAACUCCAGGACUCAUUUGUGAUCGCUCUUGUCCACAACCCUCCAAGGACGCAGACAGUCCGAAAACCAGUAGUACCCAUACAGGUCAAUCAUUUGUCUGGCAAUUGUUCCGGACAGUAAGAAGCUAAUCUGUGCACCUUACCAUGGGCAAGAGUGGGGCGAAAGGACAUCGUACAACAUUAUCACUCGUACAUUAGCCUUAUGAAGACUUCACGAUACACUUCCCAAGCACAGGACAAUUGUAUGUCCAUUUUUAUGACAUCACUUAGGUUGGCCGUACAACCUUAAAGCAUGUCAUACCUGCCGCUCUUGUCUAUGACCCUCCUUUAGAUCCGGACAAUCCAAAACUCACAGCACCCUUACGGGUCGACCAUUUAUGUGUCAAUAGCUCGUGAUCAGUAAGGAGCCAUUACACACCUUACCAACAAUUAGUGUUACAUCAUAAGUGGGUGCAGCUUACAUUUGUCUCACAGAUACUUCAUGAUACACUUGCCACAUGCGCAACAAUCCUGCAUUCCAUCGUUACAACAUCUUUUGAGGUGGCCAUGACAAGGAACUGCAAGACAUACCUGUGCUCCCACUAGGAUUUGUCCGUUCUCGUCUACGACCCUCCAUGGGUCCGGACAACCCAAAAACUCCCAAUACCCCUACGGGGGGUCAGUUAAGGGCCAGUAUGUGCAACUGACAUGUCCCUUGAGGUGACCUCAAGAGAACUGAAAGACACACCUUAGGAUGCGGCUGUUCUUGUCUAUGACCUCUCAAUGAGCCCGGACAUCCCCAAAACCUACAGCACCCCUAUGGGUUAACCCCUGUAAGUGCAUGUGACUAAGACCUUACAAUUUUGAAAGAAGCAAACUUUAGUUUUGAUACGCACAAGUGGAGCUACUCUGUUCUGUACUUCAGAAGUGCUCUAAAACAAUUAUUUCAAGUCUUUACAUACAUAAACCUUCAUGUUUUUUUACAUUAGCAACACACAAAAAACACACUUAAAGGUUAGAUGACUGCCUCAAUGUAUCCUGAAAGCAUUAGAACUCAAAGUUUGAUGUACUUCAACUGAACUUGUAAAGUUUGAAUGUCCUGUAUGGAGUUAAACACAAAUGAAGCGCUUUGUUUUUUUUUUUUUUUGCAUAGAUUAAGUGCUCUUAUUUUUGAAUCCUACUUUCCAAAUAUUAGCCCUUUUAAAUGUUCAAAUGAAUACUUUUAUUUUCAAAAACCAGGAGACCAAGUCUCCAUCAUGCAGUAUCGUUGUGUAACUGUACAUACAACUCUGUCUUUGCUUUCUGCCACCGUGUGUCUGUAUAUAAUUAUAUAUAGUAUAUAUAUUGUAUUAACCCUAGUCACGCCUGUGUCUUUUUGUACAUUGUCUGCACAGUUUAAUCAUAGCUUCAUGUUUUGAUGCAUUUUUAUUUUAAGUUUUUUUUGUGGAUUUUUCUUUAAAAAAAAAAAGUGCCUCUCUUCAUGUCUGUGUCUGUACCUGCUCACCGUAUUAAAGGUGGUCUGAUCACUG